UGCUACUUCAUUUCAUCACACCACACUCAUCUGUACACUCUCUAGCUUCCCAUUUUGAUAUAUAUUUUCCAAAAGCCAUCAUGGGUGUUUUAACUUUUCAGAAGGAAACAGCUACUGCAAUCCCCCCAGCCAAGAUGUUCAAGGUCUUUGUCCUUGAAGCUGACACUGCUAUCCCUAGCAUUGUGCCUCAGGCUGUUAAGAGCGUGGAGAUUAUUGAAGGAAAUGGAGGACCUGGAACCAUUAAGAAAACUACCUUUGCAGAAGGUAAAGAAUACAAGUAUAUUAAGACCAAGGUUGAGGCGGUGGACAAAGAUAAUUUCAAGAACAGCUACAGUAUCAUUGAAGCUGAGCCAAAGUUGGAUGUGAUAGAGAAAAUUUCAUAUGAGAUCGAAAUAGUGGCUUCUCCUGAUGGAGGAUCCAUUAUUAAGAGCACCAGCAAGUACUUCCCAAAGGGAAACAGUCAGAUCAAUGAAGAACAAGUCAAGACUGGAGCAGAGAAGGCCUUGGGAUUGUUUAAAGCUGUUGAAGCCUAUCUCUUGGCAAAUCCUGAUGCUUAUAACUAAAUAUCGAUCGUCCCCGAAGUUUAAAAAAGUGCAUGGCUAUAUAUCGUGCUUUCUCUUUUACUUUUCUUUUUUGAGUUUGGAAGGCCAUUCUACUUCUGGCCCUGGCCCUGGCAAUAAAAGUUUGUAGUUGUUGCUUAUAAAAAAAAAAGUUUGUAUUUGUAUUGAGAAGAUGGCUUGCACUUUAUAAUGAACUAAAUUAAGGGAUUUUUCUUAUAUUAA